AUGUUGCACAUGCGCGUCCUCCCCGUCGCCUCCCAGGUCGCCUCCCUCUUCCCCGUGCCCGACCCGGCCUCUCUUCCUCCGACAUCAUCGGUGGCGGUCUCCUCUCCGGCCCUCCUUACCCUGACCACGUUGUCUACCCGGACCCCAGCCGUCCAGACUACGGCUGAGGGAGUGGAGUCGUUAGAUGGACUCCUGAGCGAGGUCGACUAUGGCAACAGAGAGACGGAAGCGCUACUUGAAAGCGGCAACUCAAAGGACACGGCUCCCUCCCACCACGAGACGCCAUUGCAAGCCACUGUCAGUCAAGGGCUGAGCCAGCUCGGCAUCCCCGGCGGCUCGGCUACUUGCAUGCAAGGGUCCUUCUUCCUGCAUCCUGAGCUGGGCUCAGCCGAGGAGUACAUUAACGGGACGAACAUUAUUCCGACGCCCGAAGAGCUGACGGGGAUAUCGAGCAACGCUGACGACAGCUUCUUGAAAGACACUAACUACGUGGAGGACGUGGCUAUCCCUUUCCUCCCAUCCGGCUAUGUCAUCAUCACCCGGGACACACCAGAGUUCACGUUAUUCUAUGCUAACAAGCCGAAGCUCGAGCAUGCCUUCCUCAAAGCUGCUCGUCUCCAUGGUGCGAGGCUGGUCUGCUCUGAGAUACUCUCGGGCUCCUUCUCGGCCCUGCUCCCUACCAUUUCUGAUGAGAGGUGGACUUUAUACCAGCGCGCCCACAGCUACUUCAAGCUCGAGCAGCUCUACAUUCCCCUCUCCUCUUCCAACGUCCACGACUGUCUCAACGAUAUCAUGCGACAUGCCAAGACCAUCCAGCAAGACAACACCCGCAGGGCUCACAAGCAACCCCGGGAGGACCAGAGCAACCACCUCAGCAACGCGCUGCAGCAGGCAAGCCUCACAACCGCCAGGGUCAGCUUGCGAGGCGACAGCUACCAAAACGACUACCUGGGGUCCGUCGAGCGCGAUCCGACGACAGGCAGAUCCGAGCUGAGGCUGGUCUUCAACCAGCUGGCCGUGGACAAGUACAAGCAGGUUCAAGAGAAGGCCAAAGUCCGGACGGCGAACGCACGGAAUCAAAGCGAGAGUAGGCAGUAG